AUGAUUGCUCCGUACAACACGAGGAUAGAAGACCUACAUCGAGCCACCGGAUGUGGCCUCUUCCAUCCGGACGACGACCAUCAGGAGAUUGCGUUCCGCUAUGCGGUCGAGAAAAUCAACUCGGAUCGGACGAUCCUACCGCGGUCCAAACUGCUGGCGCAGAUCGAACGAAUAUCGCCCCAGGACAGCUUCCUGGCGUCGAAGCGAGUGUGCCAUCUGUUGCGAGUUGGAGUGGCGGCCAUCUUUGGGCCACAAUCGUCGCACACCGCCAGUCACGUCCAGAGCAUCUGCGAUACGAUGGAGAUCCCACACCUGGAAACACGCUGGGAUUAUCGACUUCGGCGUGAAAGUUGUCUGGUGAACCUCUAUCCGCAUCCGAGCACGCUAUCGAAGGCCUACGUGGACCUGGUGGCAGCUUGGGGCUGGAAGUCCUUCACCAUCAUCUACGAAACGAACGAGGGCCUGGUGCGGAUGCAGGAGCUGCUCAAAGCCCACGGUCUGUCCGAAUAUCCCAUCACCGUCCGGCAGCUGAGCGAUUCCGGCGACUACCG